AUGAAGGCAUAUUUACUAGCAUACAACGGCGUUUCAGCACUCUUGUGGGCCUAUAUCCUCUACCAGUGCUUGGAGAGCGUCAAUCGCGGCUACUUCCCCGACCAUGCCGGCGCAGGUAUCCCUCACAGCUUCAUGGUUGGAACCCAGAUUUUCAACUCGUCCUUGGAACUCUUGAAUUCAAUCACCGGGCUAGUGCCGACCCCAAUCCCUACGUUGUUGCUUCAGUCCUUUGCAAGACUAAUCAUUCUCGUUGGUAUAUGUGUGGUGAUACCCGAGUCAGCUGCAAAUUACGCGGUUUACACAUUCUCGGGAUUGACGUUGGCGUGGUCAAUCACAGAAAUAAUCAGGUACGGCUACUAUUUCUGGAAAUUGGUUCUGACUUCUGUUCCCUAUCCUAUAACCUGGCUCAGGUACUCGGCUUUUUUCGCGUUGUACCCUUUGGGCUUGGUCUGUGAAAGUCUAACCGUGUUCAAUUCAUACAAAGUUGUUGAAGCGAGGCUCCCCUUGUACUCCAAGUUUUUGAAGUACGCGUUGCCUUUGUACAUCCCCGGUUUCUUGUAUCUUUACACCUACAUGAUCAAGCAGAGGGCAAAGGUGUUACGGAAGGAAAAGAAAAAGACUCUUUAA